CUCUUCUUCCUAUAUAAUAACUCUCUCACCUCUUCUUUCUCUCCACAUUCCACAAUACACAUAGUAUUCUCUCUUGCUAUUUGCACACUCAACCUUUGCUAUUUGCACCUCAAAAUGAGUACUAUUUGUGAUGAGCAACAAAACCACAAGUUUCCUUCUUCUUACCAACCUCUCUCUCCCAAAAAACCUCUUAGAGAAAUCGAUAUCCCUCCGAGAAAACUACUCACCCGCCGCACCACCGUCGCUGACAUGUUCUCCGAUGAUACUAUCCUUCAAAAAUAUCUCCCUCACAAUGACUCUGACUCGGACUCCGACGAUCCUUACUCUUCCGACCAUUUCCGCAUGUAUGAAUUCAAAGUCCGGCGAUGCACUCGUAGCCGGAGUCACGACUGGACUGACUGUCCAUUCGCACACCCCGGCGAGAAAGCACGCCGCCGUGAUCCACGAAGGUUUCAUUACUCAGGGAAUGUUUGUCCUGAGUAUCGUCGCGGUGGCUGUAACCGCGGCGAUUCUUGUGAGUUUGCUCACGGUGUUUUUGAAUGCUGGCUUCAUCCGGCUAGGUACAGAACAGAAGCUUGCAAAGAUGGGAAAAACUGUAAGAGAAAAAUUUGUUUUUUCGCACACACUCCUCGUCAGUUAAGAAUCCUUCCGGUAACUUCUUCAAAUUCAAAUGAACAAUUCUCAUGCAACAAGAAAAAUAAUAAGCUUUUGAAUAACCAUGUUGCAUCAAAAUCAAACCAUUGUUGUUUGAUUUGUCAUUGUGGUGGUAAUGGCAAUGCUAAUAACUCUCCAACUUCAACACUUUUUGGUAUGUCUCAUUUCUCGCCGCCGGUGUCUCCUCCCGUGUCUCCAAUGAAGCCUCAAAAUGAUGCUUCAUGUUCAUCUCUCUCACGCUAUGGUUCAUUGGUCAAUAGUAAUAAUCUUCGUUAUAGAGAUAUGCUUAUUGAUCUUUUGGGUUCUUUUGAAGGGAUGAAUUUCAAUGAAGGUUCAUCUUCUUCACUUGUUUCUGGUUUACAGAAACAAAACAACAUGGGUUAUUUUGACGUUCCUGUUAACUCUGAGGAACAGGUUCAGAAACAGUUUAUUGUUUCACCUUCUGCAUCUUCUUUUGAUCAGCAGCAACAACAGCAUUUCAAUAUUCUUUCACCUUCGAUUCAACAGAAUUUGACACCAUUCAACGAUGGUGGUGAUAGUAACAUAAACAUGUUUUUGAGAGAUAACAAUAUCGACAAUGAUAAGGUUCUUGUCGGUGGUGAUGUUCCUGAUCUCGGUUGGGUUAAUGAGCUUCUGAUGUAACGUAGAAGAGUGGUGAAUUUGAAUUAAGAGAUUUUAAGUGGAGUGAAGUGUAAAUAUGAAGAGAUGAGCGAUAAUUACAUAUUUAUCCCUGCAAAUGUCAAAAAGAGAAAAAUAAGGGUUUAUGUUAUUUUGUUAUGUUUAUUUUUGUUGUAUUAUUGCUAUCUGAAUUUGGUAUUGUACUGUUUUGUAAUUUAUGCAUUUGGAUUUGAUUUUGGAUAAAAGGGAAUAUUUUGAUUCA